UUGGCGGUUUUAAUUUAUACUCAUAAGUUUGUAUCGGAACUACUCUUCCCUUUUAGGUACAAUACAUUCGCGCGCACAGUGCCAGCUGAAACGGAUAUUGUGAAAGCCUUCAUUGCGCUUUGUCGGGAACAUAACUGGAAGAAGUUCGCCAUAAUUUACGAGGAACAUCCUGCACAUGAGGAGCUUUAUUUAGCGCUUCGGCGGUGGAAUGCAUCCAAGAUUAUCGCGCAUGCAAUAGACGUGGAAAACAAUCACAUGGAAGUAGAUGAGAUCCGUUAUUCGGUGCAAAAUGUGUCGAAGGUAGUACGAUUCAGUGAAGUGCAAUCGGAAAAACUUAUUGACAGCGUCAUCGAGCAGACGAAGGAUAUGACGAGAUUGUACGUUACAUUUGGAAAUGUGCGAUUGUUCCGAAAAAUUCUGAUGUCGAUGGGAAAGAUGGGCCUGACUGACUCGCAGCAGUACCUUCUCAUCUACUUGGAUGCCGAUUACAAUUGGCUGAAUGUCUAUCAUGCAAUGAACAAUCAUUUCUUUCGAAAUACGAUGAUCGACUUGCAAUCAUCUUGGGAUGUCUCCAAUUCGUCCGAUCAUCGUAUCAUUGGAUAUUCACGAGCCGCACUUGCUAUAAUUCCAACACCAGUAGAGCUUAACUCGGCAAGCUCCAUCAAAAUUUUUGAUAUUUACUGCGCCAAAUCAGGUGAUGUUUCGUUACCGAACAAGGCAAUUGAAAAUUUUAGGUUCAAGAAGUUUUGGGAACAGGCGGUGAAAGAUCUUUCGAAUUUCGGCAUCACUAAGCAUGAACACACUUGGUCAAUCAAGGUGAAUCGAUUUGCUUGCUACCUUUACGAUGCUGUAUACCUCUACGCUAGAGCAUUGCAUGAGCUAAUUGAAGAAACUUAUGAACAGCAAGCGCAUGGUUAUGAUCCGACAAGAGAUGGAGCAGCUAUUAUAAAGAAGAUUUUGAACAGGAAGUAUUCGACGAAUCGUAAAGGCCAUUUCUGUUCUGUGGAAGAUGGCUUCUCAUUGCCUUUGCAUUCAGGUAUGCAAGGCUUUGAUAUGCGUAUCAAUGAUCAUGGUGAUGCAAAGGGAAAUUACACCUUGCUGUCAUGGCAAGCGGUAGAACCAGUGCGAAACAAAGACGAUGGGAACUAUUACCCACUUGACCAUGCACUAGAUAUCACUGCUAUGUUUGUAGAUGGUGGUGAUGGAAUUAACAACAUGCCAAAGCUAGUGUUCAAUAAACCAAUCAUGUGGAUUGAUGGGCCAACGAGGGAUCAGCCGGACUGUGGAUUUCACGGAGAAUUGUGCCGCGAUUAUGGAAGUUAUAUAUCGCUGGUGGCGUUUGUCUUGUUCUCCAUCGUUUUAAUUGGUGGGGCAAUCUCCGCGGGAUUUAUGGGAGAGCACACUUGGUAUACUGGCCAGGACGUUGAGAAAAAGGGCUCUGGAUUACGAGGUGUUGCAUAUUACAAAGGAACUCUCGUUGCUUUGAAAGAGUUAACAUUUUCACGAAAACCGCGAGAAUUGACUAGGCAGGCUAAGAUUGAGAUGAGGGUCAUGCGACAGUUGACACACCCUAAUAUCAACAGCUUUAUGGGUAAGUUUAUCAGCUACAUCCCUUUUAUUCUACGCAAAAUAAAGAUGGUAGUGCAUCAUUUAGGCAUCAUUGUUUGCCCCUAUUCAAUCUGCAUUGUUCGGGAAUUUUGCGCAAAGGGCUCCCUCAUGGAUAUCCUACAAAACCGAGAGUUCAAGCUUGAUCAUCUGUACAUCGCUUCUUUUGUCGAAGAUCUCAUCAAUGGAAUGGUGUACAUACACGACUCAGAGCUGAAAGUUCAUGGGAACCUCAAGUCGACGAAUUGUUUGAUAACAUCACGUUGGGCACUUCAGGUUGCAGAUUUUGGACAUCAUGAGAUUCGAGAAGGUCGACAGUGGGAAAGUGAAGAAGCGAGGUGGAUGAGUUAUCUUUGGUGCGCGCCUGAAUUGCUAAGGGAAAGUGAGCUGAAGCAUUCCGUCAAAGGUAUCGGAACACAAAAAGGCGACGUAUAUGCUUUUGGCAUCAUCCUCCAUGAGAUUCUCACGAGACAGGGGCCUUUCCAAAUUUUUGCUAAGAACGAAACUCAAGUUCCAGAGAUUGUUGCGCGUGUCGCUGGUGGCACCUGCAGCCGGCCAAAUCUCUCCUGUAUAGAGGGGCAAGAUUAUGUCACAGAAACAAUGCGACUUUGUUGGUCAGAAUAUCCAGAGAAUCGACCUGAUUUCAAGAACGGUGUGCGACAGAGGCUAAAGCCAAUGUUUGCUGGAAUCUAUAAGAGAAACAUCAUGGACCAUAUGAUGGUAAUGAUGGAGAAGUACCAGAAUCAGCUGGAGGAUUUGGUCGAUGAGCGAACAGCAGAGUUGCGCGAGGAACAAAAACGAAGUGAACAUCUGCUGCAGAGAAUGUUGCCAAGAAGUGUCGCCCAACAACUUCUAAACGGUCAAGAUGUUGUACCCGAGUCGUUUCCU